CUCGUACUUUCGUAAACAUCGAGAACACUGGCAUUGAGACCACGACAGGACGACAAGCGACGACCAUCCAAAAUUAUGGGCUCCGAGCCUCCGACGAUUCGAUCGGAUCAUCAUCAGCCAUCAGGAAUUCCAGAAUUGCGCAUGUUUCGCAGGUUGAAACACCGCUUGCCCUCUUUGUCUUGCCCUCGCACCAACCCAUGGUGCCACUCAGCCACGGGCUGUACCUUGUCUUCGAUUAACUUCUUCCUACGUUCCAUAAGACUUCCGUGCUUGCUAGCUGCAAACCUCAUUGGAUCGUUCGUCCUUCAUCAUGGCCUCGACUGCGAACUUCGAAGCCUUCGAAGCGCAGAAACUUUCCCGGCGUUUGAGCGCUGCAGGAAUGAGCAGGACAGAAGGAGUAAGCACAAAAGGAUGGAUGACCCCUCGGUGUGUCGUAUGGUUGCAAAGGCCGAUGGGACCACUGAUUAGACGAUGGAUUCUAAAAGAGUGCAUCGCGUGGUACCUUUGUAUUACUAUUCAAUACGAAACCAGAACAGCUGGCGGGUGGUUCGGUGUCUGGAUCCCGACGCCACCGUCGUCCGAAGCUCUCCAUGUCCCUUACUCAGAGUCACUGCCAAAUCUGUCACAACUCCAGUCACAAUUCUGA